AUGCUUGGAUUUAUAAUAGAUAGAUUCAAAUCACUUUAUGUCAUGUUUUUCACAUUUGGAUUUUUCAUGGGUCUUCUUAUAUUAGUUCUAUAUUUAACACCUUUGGGAGAUUUUAAGAUAGAUCAUCAUGAUGAACUAGUUACAGACAAUAUAGACCUCGAUCAACUCGGACAUACUUCAAAUGAAGCUCUCUCACAGAUUGAAGAUACAAAUGUCAUGGUAACGAAACAAACACCUUUUAUGAAAGCAAUUCUUAAACUUAUCACAAAACCACGGUUGCUAUUAUUUCUUUUCGUGUUGCUUUCGACACGUACGAUGAAAACAUCAACGUCAUCAUUUCUUUAUGUGUUCUUAUCAGAGGACCUUAAAGCUGAUGCAACGUUGCUGGGACUAAGCUCCUUUGUAGGAGUAACUCUUGAAAUAUUAGUUUUUUAUUUUGGGAAAUAUAUCUUAGAAUCUACGUUUCCGGAAUAUAUUAUUAUAGCAGGAGGACUUAUAUCUACUCUUAGAGCUUCGUUAUAUGCGUUUUUUGGUACAAAUAUGAAUCCUUGGUUAUCUCUCCCAAUUGAGAUGCUUCAAGGACUUGAAUUUGGGCUGGUAAAACCAGCAUCUUUAGAAAUUAUAUCACAACUGUCACCACCGAGACUAAGGGCUACAGCACUUGGUAUUCUUGCAGCUACAGAAAAUUUGUCUACAGGUCUUGGGCAGAUUGUUGGAGGAUUAUUAUAUGGACAUUUUGGAGCCGUUAAAAUGUUUUUAUAUUCAUCAUGGAUUGGAAUAUUGGCAAUUAUAAUUUACAUUGUUGGACUUUCAAUGCAGAAAAGACGUUUCUACUAA